AUGGGGAACCGGGGCUGUGACAAAGACCCUUGCAUGAAGACCCACAGAAAGCAGUACAAAGAGUUCAAGAAACUUUGCCAGCUAUUAUGCAUCGAGAACGUGUGUGAAUAUUCCGUGCCCCUGGUCAAGUCAGAGCUUGGGCCGCAGUGGACCGUCAUGUUCACUCGUUUGGACUCUCGGCUGUUUGGUGUGCCAGUAGCGCGAGCCAGGUUGUACCUCCUUGCUUUUCGCAACGAUGUGCUUCAAUGGGCCAGUGAUUUGACGUUGGAUGACUUCGUGGCCAUGAUGUCAAGUGAGUGCGUGAUGUCUGCACGAAACCUAUUCUGGAUGAGUGCCCCGGAAAAGGAACUCACAAAUGCUGAAGCGAAAAAUUUGGAGGCGUAUCGACAGUUGAAGGAUUUCUCUUUCCCCGAUUUGUCGCAGUACGCCAAGAACAGCCGGGAACAUGGCAGAUUCAUGCAAGGGAAGGAGCUCUUGACUGCCCAGACCCUUCCUGCUACUAGGCUCCAGUCUGAGACUUGCCGAGCCCCACAGUUGGCUUUGGGGAAUGUCAAAGCAAGUUCCCUUCCCAAAAUGGCGGGGAAUUCCAUGUCAGUUCCGUGCCUGGGAUGCGUGUUGCUUGCAGCUAUUUGCUGCAUCGAACCAAUCCCCAAAUGA